AACAAAAAUCUUUUAUCCAACAAAGUUUACAAGCAUGUCGAAGCCCCGGAGAUAUAGUCAGAGGCAAGACGAGCGCGAGGAAACGCCCUUUGUAGACACCGAGAUGGAAACAAGUGACGUGGAGGCCGUCCUUGAAGACGAAGAUGACGACAUUUAUUUUGGUGGCAAUGGGGAAGUUGUUGAGGAGGAUGACCAUGAGGUUGAUCAGGACGACGACGAUGUAGCGGACGAUGACCACGAGGACGACGAAUAUGGAGACGAGGAUGAGGAGGAUGGCGAUGCCCUCUGGAGACUCUCACAACAAGCCAUGAGAAGAAGAGAAUCGUCGUUGGAGGAGGAUGACGUUGAUGGCGUAGAUGAGGAUAUCGAUAACGAUGAAGACAAUGAUAAUGACUCUUAUGACGACGAGGAAGAUCUCAACCCUGCGGAUUUUUUGAGGAGACUCAUACUGGCUAGAUCACGUCAGGACGGGUUCCGUGGAUUGGAUGAGCCGUAUGAAGAGGGUGACGUGGAGGACGGAAACGCCACAGCUAACCCUGGAUCCGGUCGUGGAGCCCACAGAUCAGCAGAUGCAGGGGCUGGAGGUCCACCGUCUGAAUUUGUUGAUGUUAUCCAUCGGUUGAUGGGAGGUGGAAUCAUGUUUGGUGGACCACAUUCUAGCGAAAUUGAUGGGCUCAUCAAUAACUUGAAUCAAAGAGAUGAUCCAUAUCUAAUCUUAGAAACCCUUAACGAGCUUUCUGAACGUCUUCUUAUGAUGAACGGGAUCACGGCCGAGCGAGUUAUCCCAGCGGCUAAAUUGGCAAAGACUUUAAUUUCGAUUUUAACUGACGUUCAAUUGAGUGAAGAUUUGGAGGUCCAUUUGGUUGCGUGUAGAUGUCUUUACAACUUCCUUGAAGUGAACCAGGACUUUAUACACGAGGUUUUAACUCAGGGUGCUGUAGAAGCGCUCUGUGAAAAAUUGAUGGAAAUCUCGUACAUUGACUUGACUGAACAGGCACUCCAAACCCUUGAGAUGAUCAGUAGAGAUCCUAUGUCUCAUGGACAGAUUAUUCAAGCCAAUGGAUUGAAAGCAUGCUUACAAUAUUUGGAUUUCUUUACUGUCCAUGCCCAAAGAAAGGCAUUGAUCAUCGUGGCCAAUGCAUGUAAUGGAGUCAAUUCAAGGAACUUUGUGCACGUCAAGGAGGUCUUUGGGAAUAUUUCGUCUGUUGUAAGAGAACAUGAAGACCUGAUUGUGUUGGAAAAUGGAUGGUUGGCUAUUCUGAGAUGUGUCUUAAGAGGACGAUCUGAUGGUCCAGAUAGAGGUGAAUUAGAAAAGAUCUUUGUGGAAGAAGGAUUGAUUGAAGAAAUGAUAAGAAAGGGUAUAGAACAACAAAGAAAAGAACAAUCAUCCGACUCUUCCAAUUCUACUUCACUCCCAUUUGGAAUCUGUCUCUCGAUAAUCAAAUCACUUGUCCUGCUUUCUGAUGGGAUAGAAGUAUGCAAGAUUUUAUUGGAGAAGAGAAUUGGUGAAGUUAUUGUUAAUAGUUUGAAGAGAUAUUCAUCCAAGAAUGAAUUGAAUUCGUCAUCAAAUACCAUCACUAUUUCAUCUUUAAUGUCAUGUCCAAAGGAACUUUUGUUACAAUAUUUGACCUUGAUUGGGAAGUUGAUCCCAGAAAAUGAAAUAGGUACAACGGCAGAGACUGGAUUACGAAGAGAUCUUUGUAUGGAGAUAAUCCCAAAGGAAUUUGAACAUUUUUUGAAUGAUAUUUGGUUAUUUCAUAUUAUAUCAUUUGAAUCCAGUAUGGAUGUUGAGAUUAGGAAAAAAAUCCUUGCCAACAUCUUGAAGAUUGUUGAGAAGAAUGAUAAGGAUGGACAGAAUGAAAUCGUGCAAAGAAUUGCCAAAAUUGAAGAAGUUGGUGCAUUAUUAGCACUGGUUUGUAGUCAGGGGUUGAAGGGACAUCGAGAAAUGUUGAUGCUUUCAUUUAAAAUAAUCAAAAGAUUAUUAGAAGCAGGUACAUUUUUAUUGGGGAGAUUCCAGAGAGAAGGUUUAGAACAGGAUGUUGAAAGGAUCAUGGAUGAAAUUAAGAACGAUCCGUUAUAUAUAGAAAAAGCUGCUGACCCUGCCAUUGUGGAUGUCAGUUUAGACCAUUCAAGUAUCCCAUCAAUUGAUGCAUUUGACUCUUCAAAUUUGAGGUCUUUAAACUUCAACCAAAGAAGUUCCACGUCUAAUGCCAAUAAUUUAAUUGCCUUGUAUUCAUUGGGGACUUCAGUUAUAUCUCUAUUCAAUUCGGACCUUUCAGGCUCAAGUUCAACUGCCACUUCAAAUACCACAUCUUCAUCAUAUCACAUCGAUCAGAUUAUUAAGCAAUUUGCCCAUAACCCUGACUGGACAAGUCUUUUCCAACAACUUUCAUUGAUCUUCGAACCAAAUGAUAAUCAUUCAAUUUCUUCAUUUGAAUUGGUUUCUUCCGGGAUCAUUGAAUCUUUAGUAAAAUUGUUUUCUCUGGAUGAAUCUGGAUAUUCUAGUGAAUGUUAUCAAAAUUUCAUUAAGUAUUUCUUUUUGAAUGAGCCUUCAAUCAAUACCCUCAUUGAAAAACUUCAGGAAUGUUUAACCAGAAGUGAAACAUUUGAUAUUGUAUCAAGUGCUAGUGGGAACUCAUCAACCUCUGCAUCAUUUGCAGGAAAUGGUGGUGCAUUAAGAAUUGGUCUGUCUAAGACAGCAAUCAUGGCCAGACAAGUCAAGAUUAAAUUGGAAGGGCAAGAUGCUCGACAAGGUCCAAUGAAGGAUUUUGUGUUGAGUGUACAUGCUAUUGCUACUUUCAAAAGUGUAGAUACCUUUUUAAAGAGCAGAUUAAGAAUCUGGGAAGAACUUUCCCAUGGUAGAGGAUCGAUCUUUGGAGGGUUGGGAAGAAACAUUCCAGGAAGGGAUGGUUCUGAUGAAGAAAUGGAAGAUGAAGACGACGUAGACAGAGAUGAAGAUGAAGAACGUGAGAACGACCAUCAAGAAGAAAAGUUGAAGAACAAUUCACAAUCUGAUGAUAAUGAAGAUUCACAUCUUGAAUUUCUGAUUAAUGGAGAAGUUAUUCCAAAUGAAACAACCAUAUAUGGAGCCAUUUAUCAAUCAUUGCAGGAUGGAAAGGAUUCAAUGGUUAAUCCUGAUAGAAUUUGGUCAGGUGUUCACAAGGUCAGCUUUAGAAAAGUUUCUGGGCCUCUGCCUGAUGUACUUACAUUGGGGAAGAGAACAGUAGGAGGUGGCUUGCAUGGAAUUCUGGAAGAAAUGGAAAAUGAUGAAAUAAUGAACAAUAACAACAUUACCAUCUCAAUUUUAAAAUUAUUAAGAAUAUUGUUUGAUAUGAAUGAAGUGGUGGGAAGACAAGGAACAGGGAAGAUGGUACCAUUAUCAUCAUUUAAGAAUUGGAAAUUGACAGUGAAAUUGAAUCGUCAAUUAGAAGAGCCAUUGGUGGUUGCGAGUGGAACUUUACCUGGUUGGAGUGUCACCAUUCCAAAGCAAUUCCCAUUCAUUUUCCCUUUAGAUACAAGAAUGUUUUUCUUACAACUGACUUCAUUUGGAUAUUCAAGAUUGAUUCAUAACUGGCAAUUAAGAAUGCAACAAGAAGAAGAUUCUAGAGACAGUGGUGCUGAAGGAUCAAGAAAUGGAUCAAAUUCAGGGAACUCUCGUCCUCCAUUGGGACGACCAGCACGUCAUAAAGUUAGACUUUCAAGAAAACUGAUGUUACAAAGUGCUGUUAAGGUCUUAGGAAUGUAUGGUUCGACUCCCGGCGUGUUAGAAAUAGAAUACUUUGAUGAAGUUGGGUCUGGAUUAGGACCUACUUUGGAAUUUUAUUCUACCGUUUCUCAUGAAUUUGCCAGUAAAAAGUUGCACCUUUGGAGACAAGACUCCGAAGAGAAAAAUGAUUUAUAUAUAAGAAAGAAACUUUUCCCGUAUCCAAUGGACAAAUCAAAAGUGAAUUCUGAUAAUGGAAGAAAGGUUUUGUUUUUCUUUGCAGUCUUGGGGAAGUUUGUUGCGAGGGCCAUGCUUGAUUCUAGAAUUAUGGAUUUUAAUUUCAAUCCAGUAUUCUUAAAAUUGGUUCAAUUGGAGAAGAAUGAAGUUAAACGAGUUGCUAAUUUAGGUAUGUUAAGAGAAGUUGAUGAAGGAUUGGCUACUAGUUUGGAAGGAUUAUUGAAAUAUUCCACAAUUGAUGGACCAGAUCAAAUGCAAGAUUUAGCUUUAACAUUUGAACUUCCAGGAUAUCCUUCUUAUCAAUUGAUCCCAGAUGGGCUGAAUGUUCCAGUAACAAGCUCCAAUGUUGAGUCGUACGUUGAGAAAGUGGUGGAGGCAACCCUUUUCAAUGGUGUAAUCCAUCAAGUUCGAGCAUUUAUGGAUGGAUUCCUGAAAGUCUUCCCAGUAAAUUCACUUGCAAUUUUCCUGGCUAUUGAACUUUGUCAUAUGUUUGGUAAUGCUGAAGAGGAUUGGUCAACAGAUACCCUUUUCUCGGUAGUUAAUGCUGAUCACGGAUAUACCAAAGAGUCUGUUGCUAUCAAGCGGUUGGUGGGCAUCUUGGCCAACUUUGACAAGGUUGAAAGAAGACUGUUCCUACAAUUCCUUACUGGGGCUCCAAAACUUCCUGUGGGUGGAUUCAAACUGUUGAGACCAGAGCUCACAGUAGUUAAGAAACUGGCGGAUGAUGGGUUAAAAGAUGAUGAUUACUUGCCAAGUGUAAUGACCUGUGCAAAUUAUUUGAAAUUGCCCAAUUAUUCUUCAGAGGAUAUUAUGAAGCAGAAAUUAUUACAAGCGAUGAGUGAAGGUGCAGGUGCGUUCCUUUUAUCAUAGAACGUAGUGCGAAUACAUACCAGCUGGUGAAUGGGAUAUAUAUAUAGAGUCUAGUAGACAUUAAACAAAUUAAAAA